AUGUCCGAUCCACCAAACGACUUCGGUGGUCCUCCAGCUCCAUCACCACUCCACGAUCUAUUCGCAGGCAAAGUGUUUGAGGUCAACAAUCUUGUGUAUUGGACUAAUCCCACAAACCUAAUUUGGACGCAAGCGGUACCUGUCUCGAUUCGCGCCACCAUUUUGAGGAAGCAUGAAAACCCCGUUGUUCCUGCAUCUUCUUCUACAUGUCUCGAUCAAUCAAGGAGAAUUGCCGAGGCGAAAGCCGGCGAUGUGGAUGACUGGUAUGACAUCAUGUUAUUUAAUGGCGCUAUAAAAUACAGAGUCAAUGGCAAAGAUUUAAGCUGGCGUCCAGUAUCGGAACGGUUGGAAAACAAUCAUUAG